CCUGGAGUCAUAUGGCCACGGGGCGCUCGGAAGGGUCUUGUGCCCUCUCGCGUGUCCUGUCCAACCAAGUCCGACUGUACAGUCCAGGACUUUGGUCGCGAUUUUUCGCGAUGCUGCGCUCUUCUCUCUGCCGCGGAUCUCAGAAGUCUCGGCGGCACCGCGCGUGCCCCGGCCCUACGACUUUCGGGCGGUGGAGGCAUCGGGGAUCGAGGCCUCCGCGCCGCUCCCUGGCCGGCGCCGGGCGGAGGGUGGAGAGGAGGAAUGGUAUGGCAUGGACGGCUACGGAGACAUGUCAAAAUGGUACGGCAUGAACGGCGAGGUCGGCGAGAAUGGUUGGGGACGCGAGGACGGCGAACUAGGGCCAUACCAGAGCGCGCACUACGGCCAGCACAACCAGGCCGCCGACCCGUUCAACGCGGGGUUCUCGCAGGAUGCAGCUUACGGCCACCUCGGGAGAGCCAGCACUACUACGGCUGACAGCCAGGAGCGGCCCGCGAAGCCGCGGGCCCGAGCCCCCGUUGAGAUCCCCCAGCAUGAACUCUCGGCUCCUCGGCGCCGGCUUUUUCAAGCCGGAUCGAUUUGUGAGGGCCCCCUUUGGGGCCCGCAGCGGGGCGGAAGCGCUCGCCGUCACAUUUUUAUUGCGCCCGAAUGCCACGGGGGCACGAGCACCAGAGCUCCCCUCUCCGGUAAGGUUGUCCAGCAGCGCCCCGUCCGGGCGCCGCCCGCCCCCGCCUCUGCCUUUUUUUCGUCGUCCCGGGCGCGCGCGCCGCGAGAGCUCACAAAGGUGGGCAGUGUGCGCGUUCCUCCAGACAGGCAAGUUUUAAGCUGGCUCGCAGCAUCUGUGCGCGCGCCGGAUGUGGCCGUAUUUUCCCUCGGGAGCAGCUCGGGCGCGGAGGAGUCGGGGCGAGCAGACUAGAGAAUUGUUUUACGCAGCCGCACGGAAUUGAUCACCGCCCUGGUCUUUUCACGACCUUUAUGGGCACAUAGAUCGUUGCCUGAACCGCCCUGCUUCUGGACAGCGGCCCCCGCAGGACCGAGCCGAGAGAGGCCUUCGGGUGGGUGCCACCUCUCGGGCGGCAGAAAUGGGCUGCGCUGCGGCCGCCGCCGCUGCAGGGCCAGAGAACCCCAAUGGGCACCGAGCUUCCCCGGGCGUCCGGGCAGAGCCGUGCCGCGGGCGUCCUCCGAGAGUCCAUGCCCGUCCUGCUCGCUGGUGCUUCGGGGAUCGACGUGCGAUCCUUGACGGUCUCUUCCCCCUUCUUUCCCC